AGGGAAGGCCAACCCCCACCAUCGAGUGGUACAAGGGGGGAGAAAGGGUGGAGACGGACAAGGAUGACCCGCGCUCCCACCGCAUGCUGCUGCCCAGCGGAUCUUUGUUUUUCUUGCGCAUCGUGCACGGGCGCAAGAGCCGGCCGGACGAAGGGGUCUACGUGUGCGUGGCCAGGAAUUACCUGGGGGAAGCUGUAAGUCACAAUGCAUCGCUGGAGGUGGCAAUUCUGCGGGAUGACUUCAGACAAAACCCUUCAGAUGUGAUGGUAGCUGUGGGGGAGCCUGCAGUGAUGGAGUGCCAGCCCCCGAGAGGACACCCAGAGCCCACAAUAUCAUGGAAGAAAGAUGGAACCCCUCUGGAUGACAAAGAUGAGAGAAUCACAAUCAGAGGAGGAAAGCUUAUGAUCACAUACACAAGAAAGAAUGAUGCUGGCAAAUAUGUUUGUGUUGGAACAAACAUGGUUGGGGAACGUGAAAGUGAAGUUGCAGAGCUCACUGUUUUAGAGAGACCAUCUUUUGUGAAGAGACCCAGCAAUUUGGCAGUAACUGUGGAUGACAGUGCAGAGUUUAAGUGUGAGGCGAGAGGGGACCCAGUCCCUACAGUGAGAUGGAGGAAAGAUGAUGGGGAGCUACCAAAAACAAGAUACGAAAUCCGUGAUGAUCAUACCUUGAAAAUCAGAAAAGUUAUGGCAGGAGACAUGGGAUCAUACACUUGUGUUGCAGAAAAUAUGGUUGGAAAAGCUGAGGCAUCAGCAACUUUAACAGUUCAAGAGCCUCCACAGUUUGUUGUAAAGCCUCGAGACCAGGUAGCUGCCCUGGGGAGAACGGUGACUUUCCAGUGUGAAGCAACUGGAAACCCUCAGCCAGCCAUCUUCUGGAGGAGAGAAGGGAGUCAGAAUCUGCUUUUCUCAUACCAACCCCCUCAGUCAUCCAGCCGAUUUUCAGUUUCCCAGACAGGAGACCUCACCAUCACCAAUGUCCAGAGAUCUGAUGUUGGGUACUACAUCUGCCAGACUUUGAAUGUUGCAGGAAGUAUCAUAACAAAAGCCUACUUGGAAGUUACAGAUGUGAUUGCAGACCGGCCUCCCCCUGUCAUUCGGCAGGGUCCCGUGAAUCAGACUGUAGCUGUGGAUGGGACUUUGGUCCUCAACUGUGUGGCCACAGGCUCUUUAAUGCCCACCAUCCUCUGGAAAAAGGAUGGGAUCCUCAUUUCCACCCAAGACUCUCGCAUCAAGCAGCUGGAGACAGGAGCACUGCAGAUCAGAUAUGCCAAGCUGGGGGACACGGGCCGGUACACCUGCAUCGCCUCCACCCCGAGCGGUGAAGCGACCUGGAGUGCCUUCAUAGAGGUCCAAGAGUUUGGAGUCCCCGUGCAGCCACCGAGACCCACUGACCCAAACUUGAUUCCCAGUGCUCCAUCAAAGCCUGAGGUUACAGAUGUCAGCAGAAAUACAGUAACAUUGUCAUGGCAACCUAAUUUGAAUUCAGGUGCAACACCAACCUCUUACAUCAUUGAGGCCUUCAGCCAUGCAUCAGGGAGCAGCUGGCAAACUGUAGCUGAAAAUGUGAAAACUGAGAGUUUUGCAGUUAAAGGGCUAAAACCUAAUGCAAUUUAUCUCUUCCUUGUGAGAGCAGCUAAUGCUUAUGGGCUGAGCGACCCAAGCCAAAUAUCUGAUCCAGUGAAAACUCAAGAUGUUCCGCCAACAAGCCAAGGUGUGGAUCACAAGCAGGUCCAGAGAGAGCUGGGUGACGUGGUGCUGCACCUGCACAACCCUACUAUCCUUUCUUCCUCCUCAAUCGAAGUUCAUUGGACUGUGGACCAGCAAUCCCAAUAUAUUCAAGGAUAUAAAAUUCUGUACCGGCCUACACCAGCAUCUUAUGGAGAAUCAGAGUGGUUAAUCUUUGAAGUGAGGACUCCAACCAAAAACAGUGUUAUCAUUCCGGAGCUGAAGAAAGGUGUAAACUACGAAAUCAAGGCCCGCCCUUUCUUUAAUGAGUUCCAGGGAGCAGACAGUGAAGUGAAAUUUGCCAAGACCCUGGAAGAAGCUCCCAGCGCUCCACCUCAGAGUGUUUCGGUAACUAAGAACGAUGGGAACGGGACAGCAAUCGUGGUCACCUGGCAGCCACCCCCUGAGGACAACCAGAACGGGAUGGUUCAAGAAUACAAGGUUUGGUGCCUUGGCAAUGAAAGCAGGUACCACAUUAACAAGACCGUGGACGGAACCACCUUCUCCGUGGUCAUCCCCUCCCUCGUUCCCGGUAUCCGAUACAGCGUGGAGGUGGCUGCAAGCACUGGGGCAGGACCUGGAGUGAAAAGUGAUCCCCAAUUUAUCCAGUUAGAUUCUCAUGGAAACCCUGUGUCUUCAGAAGAUCAAGUCAGUUUAGCCCAGCAGAUUUCUGAUGUAGUAAAACAACCUGCCUUUAUUGCUGGAAUUGGUGCAGCCUGUUGGAUUAUCCUCAUGGUCUUCAGCAUCUGGUUGUACCGCCACAGGAAGAAGAGGAAUGGACUCACGAGUACUUAUGCUGGUAUCAGAAAAGUCCCGUCUUUUACCUUCACACCAACAGUAACAUAUCAGAGAGGAGGAGAGGCCGUAAGCAGUGGAGGCAGGCCUGGACUCCUAAACAUCAGUGAACCAGCCACUCAGCCAUGGUUAGCAGAUACUUGGCCUAACACAGGGAACAAUCACAAUGACUGCUCCAUCAACUGCUGCACCUCUGGCAAUGGCAACAGUGAUAGCAACCUUACCACGUACAGUCGACCAGAUUACCGAGUAAAUGACAACAUUGCUCCAACUAUUCCCUACAACCAGUCAUAUGACCAGAAUACAGGUGGAUCCUACAACAGCUCAGACAGAGGCAGUAGUACAUCUGGGAGUCAAGGGCACAAGAAGGGUGCUCGGACCCCAAAGGCUCCAAAGCAGGCUGGCAUGAACUGGGCAGAUCUUCUGCCACCUCCUCCAGCACAUCCACCUCCCCACAGCAACAGUGAGGAUUACAGCCUUUCAGUGGAUGAAAGCUAUGACCAAGAAAUUCCUUGUCCUGUGCCACCUGCGAGGAUGUACCUGCAGCAGGAUGAGCUAGAGGAAGAGGAAGAAGAUGAGCGAGGUCCUACUCCACCUGUCCGGGGAGCAGCUUCCUCUCCAGCCGCUGUCUCCUACAGCCACCAGUCAACUGCCACCCUCACCCCCUCUCCCCAGGAAGAGCUCCAGCCCAUGUUACAGGACUGUCAGGAGGAUCUGGGACACACACAACACCAGCCUGACCGGAGACGCCAGCCUGUGAGUCCUCCACCCCCUCCACGGCCCAUCUCCCCACCUCACACCUAUGGCUACAUCUCAGGGCCCUUGGUGUCUGACAUGGACACAGACGCCCCAGAAGAGGAGGAGGAUGAGGCCGACGUGGAGGUUGCCAAGAUGCAGAACAGGAGGCUCCUUCUGCGUGGCCUGGAGCAGACCCCUGCCUCCAGCGUGGGGGAUUUGGAGAGCUCUGUGACAGGGUCCAUGAUCAAUGGCUGGGGCUCAGCCUCCGAGGAAGACAACAUCUCCAGCGGGCGCUCCAGCGUCAGCUCCUCCGACGGAUCCUUCUUCACCGACGCCGAUUUUGCACAGGCUGUGGCGGCAGCCGCCGAGUACGCCGGGCUCAAGGUGGCCCGGCGGCAAAUGCACGAGGCAGCAGGAGGCCGUAGACAUUUUCAUGCAUCGCAUUGUCCCAGACCCACCAGCCCUGUAUCUACCGACAGCAACAUGAGUGCUGUUGUAAUACAGAAGGUCCGACCUGCCAAAAAGCAAAAACACCAGCCAGGACAUCUGCGCAGAGAAGUCUACACAGAUGAUCUGCCCCCUCCUCCCGUGCCCCCUCCGGCCAUCAAGUCCCCGACGGCGCAGUCCAAGUCGCAGCUGGAGGUGCGGCCGGUGAUGCUGCCCAAGCUCGCCUCCAUGGAGGCCAGGACGGACAGAUCCGCGGACAGGAAGGGAGCCAGCUACAAGGGCAGGGAGGGGGCGGAGGGCAGGCAGCAUCCCGACGUCAGGACGGGCUCGGGGGAGCGCAGGGAGCCCCAGGAACCGCCGGGCGACGGCAAAGCGCGAGCCAGCAAAGCACCAAAACGGGACGGCGCACCAGCAAAAAGUCAUCUUCUUCAAGAGGACAUCCUGCCAUACUCUAGACCAACAUUUCCAACAUCAAAUAAUCCCAGAGAUCCCAGCUCCUCCAGCUCCAUGUCCUCAAGAGGGUCAGGAGGCAGACAGAGGGCAGAUCAAGCAAAUCUAGCCCGAAGGAAUGUUGCAGAAAUGCAAGUACUGGGAACCUAUGAACAAGAAGAGGAAGAAGAAGAAGAGAUGGAGGAAACAGAAAGCUGAAGACAACGACAUGUACUGUAACAGGCUUUUAAAAUCUAAUCAGAAAAAAAAAAAAUAAAUCACUUAAGAUGCCUCAAGUCUGAUGAUGUUUGACGCCAGAAAUAAUGUUCAGUGCAAUCAGAGUGUACAAUUUUUCCUUUUUCCUCAUGCCAUCAGAAUGCUAGUUUUUUAUUUUACUCUUUCUUUGUAAACCCUCCUCACUAGGAACGGCCCUUGCCUAUUCCGUAACGCCGAGCGCAUCCCCUUCGCCGCCCGGGGAGGCAGGGAAGCUGCUCUUGGAGGUGCUUGGGCCAGCUGCUGCUCCAGGAUUAGAACAGGAGGGAAUUCCAGGGCCUGGGAUUCCAAGGUUCCUCCCCAGCGAGGCGGUGCUGAGCAGAGAGCCAGGCGGUGACACCGCCGGGACGCGGCAGCGACCGCAGAGCCGCCAAAGGGAACGUGGUGCAGAGCAGGCUUUGCUCCUCACUGUGCCCUGCACUCAGUGCAAAUGGCAUCUUGCAGUUUCAACACUGCCUGUGUGUCUCGUGUUCUGCCAGUCUCUUGCUAGCCUUUUGCAGGUGAUACAGUUUGACAAACGAAAGUAAAAUUAAUUUGGGACAAGAUGGCUCUUAUUGUAAAUAUGUACUCAUUUUAAGCCCCUGUGGUACUUUGAUUUGUCUUUCCAUUUUCAUCAUUAAAUACAUUCUUAUUAAAAAUGUCCUUUGGGAUAGGCAGGAGGUAAGCCAAUGUGAUUGCUAUUUGCCUAAUCAUAGCAUGAGCAAGUUCAUCUGAAACUUUUUUCUAAUUUCCAGCUUCAACACUGCUUAUGAAAAGGAAAUCAAUGGACAUUUUUAAUAACAAUUAGGUAAUAUCAUCAACUGCUACUGGCCCAAAUCUCAGACCUCUACUUGUGUCAAUUCACCUUAAAGAAGAAGUGCCACUUAAAGAAGUUUUGUUUGAUCUUGGCAAUGAAUUUUUUUGUAAUGCACUGCUUAUCUUUUUUUUUUUUUUGGUUUUAAAAGCACAAUCACUAAACUUUGUUUGUAAACCAUUGUAACUAUUAAUCUUUUUUUGUCUUAUUGAAAAUGUUAAGCAUUUGUUUGGGAUAUUUUUCAUCUUUUUGUUAAUGCUCUAUGUUUGUAUUUGGAAUAUUUGAAUGAUGACAGAUGGUAAAGUAACAGACGUAAAUGUGGGCCAUAAUCAAAACACUUCUCACUUUUCCUGAACUUACAGAAAAUGACCAAUUUUUCUGUGGCCUCUCUCAACAUUGGAUUACCAUUAAAGCUGAAAUAGAGGCAUUAGUUGCAUUGAAUUUGCCAAAUGAUGUCCUCUGUCUGUAGGUUUUCUGAUCUUUUUUGUAAUUAUAAAAUUUCUUUGUCAUUGGUGCUAAUGGAAAAAUGUGUGUUUGUUUAUUGACAACUAUCAGGACUAGCCCCAAUGAAAAAAAAAAGAAAAAAAAAAGUGUUUUGGUGUUUACCGAGGACUGAAAUUUUUCAUUUAGCUAAUUUUUAAAGAAAGGUUCCAUAGAAAGGGUGUGCAGUACUAAAGGAAAAAUCCAUGUGAUUAAUGUUUUCAUUAUGUUCAUGUAAGAAACCUCAUAUUUUAGCCAUAAUUUUGCAUACUGAGGAUCCAAUAAUCAGAAAAGUAAUUUUUGUCACAUUAUUUAUUAAAAAUGUUCUCAAAUACA